AUGCAGAUCUUCGUGAAAACCCUCACCGGUAAGACCAUCACCCUCGAGGUUGAAUCCAGCGACACCAUCGACAAUGUCAAGGCUAAGAUCCAAGACAAAGAGGGAAUCCCUCCGGACCAGCAGCGAUUGAUCUUCGCCGGAAAACAGCUCGAAGAUGGCCGUACUUUGGCUGACUACAACAUCCAGAAAGAAUCCACGCUUCAUCUCGUGUUGAGGCUUAGGGGAGGUAUCAUUGAGCCUUCUUUGAUGGCUUUGGCUCGUAAGUACAACCAGGACAAGAUGAUUUGCCGCAAGUGUUAUGCUCGUCUCCACCCAAGGGCUGUGAACUGCAGGAAGAAGAAGUGUGGCCAUAGCAACCAGUUGAGGCCUAAGAAGAAGAUCAAGUAG